AUGAAGAGCCCAGUUGAGGUUCGAUGCAUUGUGUGUCAACUAGUUUUCUGUUGCGCUGACUGCCGGUGGAGACAUGAGAGAACGGAGCACAACUUGACGUUCGACUGUCCGAUCUGCCGUGGAAAGAGGUUCCUUUGCCGACCGGAGCAAUUAAACGAAGCCUUCAUACGACAUCUGGCGGACGAGCAUAUACCGCUGCAGUGUCGCAAGUGUAAUAAACUCUUCAGCAAUAUGGAGGACCUUGUCGACAUCGAGAAGUGCGUGACGAUAUCUGAACUGAUCGACACCGAGUGCUUAGCGAAGGGCGAGAUACUGGAGGCGAUAGACAAUAAAUUCGAUUCGCUAUACGACAAGGUGACGAAUAACAAUGAGGGUGAAGACUUCGAAGCUAUAGUAUCUAUCAACAAGUCCAACAAAACGGCGGUGAUCACUCCGAUCGUGAGGAAAAAACACUUGGUGGAUUACGAGUCCAGCGAGACGGACUCGGAAGAAGGUUCCAAAAUAGAAAUUAUGAGAACACCACAUCCGAAAGUUGCACCGAAGACGCCCCGCUUGAAAAAGCAACGUUCAGCAACGCCGCAUGCCAAGAAGUUCAUCACUCUAAUGCGACAAAAAGUCGUUGAAGAAUACGACGAAAGCAUAGGAAUAGAAGAAAACAUUGAUGGAUCACCGGUCAAUGGAAGCCCAUCUGGAAUAAAUCGCUUGGAAGUUUCAGAGUCUGAAAAAGGUGUGACAACACCGACUUCGCAGUUGCAACACAUGCUCAAGCUAGCUCAGGCUGUCACGACCAGUACGCCCACACAUCCAGCCACGGCGGGAUGGUCCUUGUUCCAAGAGCAGGGUGUGGACUCACCACUCUCAGAAAUAGAGACCACUGAGAACUCCCCCGCACAAAGUAUGGAUACUGAUCCAAAAACGGAAUCCGAUGUUGUGCAGCCAAAGCUGAAGAGCAUAAUUGUCACCGAAAGCCGCCUUCGCAUUGGCAGUCAAGACAGUUUGGAAAAACAGGCCACCUUCCAGGAGACUGGAAAUAGUACAGAAGCAUCCGUAAAAGCUAAAAAGGUUAAAUUUGCACAGGACACAAUUUUCAAGCCGGAACCAAUAAUCAAGAGAGUAUACAGGAAACCGAAGAGGAUGCUAACGCCCGGUCCACAGAAGCCGCGUUUUUGCCACAACCCCCGCUUUCAAGCGCUGAUAAAUCGGUUCGAGAGUCAAGCGAGGACACCGGUCCAAGUGAAACGACAGAAGCCCGCCGAGACGACGCCUCCCGUCGGCGAACACAACAUGCACGCUAGGGCAAUCGACUUCAAAGAUGAGAGCACCGCCGUUGAAACGGAGAGCCACUCGAGAGAAUCGAAUGAAUUAUUCAGCACCUGCAUCGACACUCCGGCGGAGCCGAUCAACAACGCUAUAACAACGCUCACGGCCAAUAUAGCGGGCACUCUGCAGACUUGCCUCAAUUCCGUGCUACGGACGACGGAAGAGGAGACGGAGAUACAGUUCAAAUUUGUUAUCACUAAAAAGAAAGUCAGCGUGAAAAGGAUCGCAGACGAGUGCGAGGGGGUGGAGGAGAGAAUGAACAGCUUACACGAAGAAUCGGCUUCGAACAAGGAAAACAUCUGGUCGUCAGUUGCGAGAGCGGUUAAAAACGUGUUUUGGGGAGAUCAAGCGUCACAAACGCCGUACCAGUCCUACGAGGACCACGACUCCACAGCCUCGUCUGCGUCCAAACGAAAGUGCGACGACAUGUCUGACUCAGAGAUCAGUCCACUUAAUCACAAACGCCACAAAUACGAGGGUCGCAUCCGCGGCCGACCACCCCUCAAACGGAGCAAGUCUUGGGGGGUGUCGGGGCUUAGAUCGCAAACGACAGAACAGUUGGAGCUGAAAAACACAACACUAAUGAACGAGGAGACCAUCAACCAGAGCUUU